CCCAACAGGAAAAGAGAGAGGAAGUUGAAGCAGAAUGAAUUCCAUUGCAACUCGAUCCCUCAAAUCCAAAUCCACCAAAUUCGCGCUCUCUCGAUUCACCCAAUUUUUCUCCACAACCACGCCUCCGCCAUCUCCGCCGCAAUCCGAUUUCCAGAACUACCCCCACACCCUCGAUGGCCUGCGCCGCAGGCUCCACGAUGAAUCGCCGUCGCUGGGCGAUUUCAUCAAGCUUCAAUCCGACAACAGCUAUUCGGUGGAGGUAGGCACGAAGAAGAAGCCGCUGCCAAAGCCUAAAUGGAUGAAGGAAUCGAUCCCCGGUGGUGACAAGUACACGCACAUUAAGAAGAAAUUGAGGGAAUUGAAGUUGCACACUGUUUGCGAGGAGGCCAAGUGCCCUAAUUUGGGGGAAUGCUGGUCUGGGGGAGAAACGGGGACUGCUACUGCCACGAUUAUGAUUCUCGGUGACACAUGUACUCGUGGAUGCAGAUUUUGCAAUGUAAAGACAUCGCGCACUCCGCCUCCUCCUGACCCUAAUGAGCCCCAAAAUGUGGCCGAGGCGAUAGCUUCGUGGGGUUUGGAGUAUGUCGUGAUUACUAGUGUUGACCGGGAUGAUUUGCCUGAUCAAGGAAGCGGUCAUUUUGCGGAGACAGUGCAAAAGUUGAAGAUUCUGAAGCCAUCAAUGCUUAUAGAAGCCUUGGUUCCUGAUUUCCGAGGAGAUGAGGGCUGUGUAGAGAAAGUCGCCACAUCCGGAUUGGAUGUUUUUGCACAUAACAUUGAAACUGUGGAGGAGCUCCAGAGUGCAGUUCGUGAUCACCGUGCAAACUUUAAGCAAUCUCUGGAUGUUCUGGUGAAGGCAAAAGAAUAUGCUCCACAGGGGACACUCACGAAAACUUCUAUAAUGUUAGGGUGCGGAGAAACACCUGACCAAGUAGUGAAAACCAUGGAAAAAGUGAGGGCAGCUGGUGUCGAUGUCAUGACAUUCGGUCAGUACAUGAGACCAUCAAAGCGGCACAUGCCAGUAUCAGAGUAUAUAACCCCGGAGGCUUUUGAGAAGUAUAGGCUUAUGGGCAUGGAAAUGGGAUUCCGGUACGUGGCAUCUGGCCCCAUGGUUAGGUCCUCGUACAAGGCAGGCGAAUUCUAUAUCAAAUCCAUGAUAGAAUCUGACCGAGCAGCCUCUUCUAACUAGCGCUGGACAUAUCUGAUGAUCGUUCUUGAAAAAACUCUUGGCUCAGUUUCACGAUCUCGAUGCAUUUUACUGUUUUGGGAGAGAUCUUCAUGGCCUCGGCCACUUCUUUCAGCAGCUCCCUUUCAUCCAUUAAUCAGGUUGGAUGUCCAGCUGCAGUUUCUGCCAGCUUUUCAUACUAACAAAUGGAAUGUUUGUUCUUUAUAGUUUUUGUAUAUCAAUUUUUCUUUUUCUUUUUUUUAUUUAAAUUAGCAUAUUUGCAGAAUUCAUGAUUUGGCCUUGCCAUGAUGAUGCAAGGAACGAUAUUGCAAGAAUAACUGUUGUCUCGUUUGCUUAAAUAUUCACAUUCUUAGAUAAA